UGUGUUUAAUGUUUAUGCCUUUUUGGUGGAGAAAUGUCAGUUUGAAAAUUAUUUGUUAGAUACUCCAUUGAGAUAGAUACGAACCAACUGAAUUCCAUAUUUGAACAGUUUUAACCGCCCGGUCUAUUCCUGGGAAAGGAUUCAAUACAUGCAAUUAAGCAGAAAUAUGGGCAUAAAUUUGAACCUUUUCAUUUACCUAGUACUCAUCCUGUGUUCUUAUGGAGGCCAAGCCAGGGAGUUGGCUGGAACAGAAAACAAACCCUUGGAAAUUUCACUUGAAGAUGGCCUCACUGAAACACAUGCCAUGGAUCACUCAAAUAAGCUGGGCCAUAGUAGCCACUCGCAUGCUCAUUUUACUAGCAUGGACCAUUUAGACCCUUCACUAAUGGUGUUCUUCACUUUGAAAGACUUAAAGGUAGGGAAAAGAAUGGCCAUUCAUUUUCCAAAGAGAGAUCCAGCAAACUCCCCCAAGCUGUGGCCAAGGGAAGAAGCUGAUGCAGUUCCUUUCUCAUCUAACCAACUACCAUACCUUCUCAAACUCUUCUCUUUCUCUCCACACUCUUCCCAAGCCACAGCCAUGGAAAACACCCUAAAGGAAUGUGAGAGCAAACCCAUCAAAGGAGAGGUGAAGUUCUGUGCCACCUCUCUAGAGUCCAUGCUUGACUUUACACAUAGCAUUCUAGGGUUGACAUCUGAACCCCAAGUUUUUGCCACUUUGCACCAAACAAAGUCAAGUGUGACUUUCCAAAAUUACACAAUCCUAGAAACCCUGAUGGAAAUCCCUGCUCCCAAGAUGGUGGCUUGUCACACCAUGCCUUACCCUUAUGCUGUUUUCUAUUGCCAUAGCCAAGAAAGUGGGAAUAGGGUAUAUAGGGUGUCACUAGUUGGUGAGAAUGGGGAUAGGGUUGAUGCUAUGGUUGUUUGUCACUUGGAUACAUCACAAUGGGCACCAACUCAUGUUUCAUUCCAAGUGCUUAAGAUUAGUCCAGGAACCUCUCCUGUGUGCCACUUCUUCCCUGCGGAUCAUCUCAUCUGGGUCCCCAAACUGCAUGCACAGGGUUCUUCAAGCAUGUGAUUGAAUAUAUAUGUACCCCUAAUGCUAAUAAUAAACGAACUAUGUGCAGAGCUAAAUAAUGUAAAAUUUCUUAAUCUACAAGCAUGAAAGUCUCUGCCUCGUAAUUUUGA